GCUCUCUCCCAUCCCGCAACACUCAAGAGGUAGCGCGCGUGUCAGAUAUGUUCAUAGUUCGUUAUAUUUUCAAGUUUCAAUUCAGUUAGUCAACAAUAUUUCAGACCCGCAAGAGUUCCGGCCUACGUCGCCGUUACGUUAAGACGUUAACACGUUAGGACCAAUUUUUUUUUUAAUUUGUAUCUCGAUACCUUGGAUUAAAAUUGAGAUAAGUCUGAGUCUAAAUAAAAUAAUAAGAAGGAAGGAAGGAAGACCCGCAAGAAGAAAAUUGCCAAUAGUGUCCUCCGAACAGUCUACCGCGUAAUCAACGCCUAAACAAAAUAUAUCAGCAUGGACAACUGGGCAAAAUCCUGUGACCUUGUGCAGGAAUAUAAUGUAUUAUUCAAGCCUGAAGAGUACAAUAAUUUCUUUCAUCCAAACAUUUGUCAUGUUUGCAAGAGGAGCAAUAACGGAAAUUUGAUAUCAUGUAACAUGUGUUGUAUGGUAUAUUACUGCAAUGAUAAACACAGAAGGGCGCAUUACAUACAACACAAGGAACUGUGCGAACAUUUAACGCAAUUUUUAAGAGAGAAGAGGGAAUGGGGAAACAUUCGUUAUUCACAUUCCGAAUGGGUCCAAGAUAGAAAAGAAUUUCUAGAUACAAUCGAGACAUAUCUGCUACGUAAAUUAAAGCCAUACGAAAAGCAAAUUAUCAUUUUCGCAAAAUCAUGUAUUCAUUGUCAUCAACAAAAUAAUUUGAACUACUGCCUAGAAUGCUAUUCAGAAAACUAUUGUAUUGAACAUUUACAAGAGUUUAAAGACCAGCACACAUCAAAAUGCGAGGUAUUAAAGUCAUGUAUCAACUUAGAUAUCAGGUAUCUCAGUUUUGGUUCAUUUACAAACAAUUUUCCUAGUGUAAAUGUUACAUUACUUAGUAAUGACAUGAAAGAAUUCAUUAUACAGUUUGUACGGCAUUCUACACUAAAAGCUAUAGAAUACUGGGCAUUCGACGAUUAUUAUUAUUCUGAUUAUGUAUCAAAUCCGUUGACACUGUAUUACGGACUGAAUGCUACAGAUUUAUUAAAUUCUUCUACCACAGGAUGUGUAUAUGUUAUUCAUGUAAUAGCAGCAAAUUACCUCGAUUUGUUAUAUGUAAAAGCAUGGGAACUUUUCCUGCAUUGUUUCCAUCGUAUACAAGAGCUAAUAGUUAUAGUAGUAGGUCCAGAAUUAGAGAUAAAAAGUAGUGAUGUUAAACUUUGUGAACAUUGCCAAUUACACAAAAAAAUGUUUAAUUUCGAAUCUUAUAGUAUGUCGUAUGCCAAUUAUAUAUACAAUGAUUCGUAUAAACAACCAAAUGUCAUUAUGGGAAUUCAUGUAGAUUUUAGUAAUGAAAAGACAUCGCUGACAUUUAUGUUAAAAUCACGGAAUAAUAAUAAUAAUAUCUAUCCAUGGCUUUUAACUACGAAAUCGAAAGAUAUUGCGAGACUAAACAUGGAAAUUAUGGAAGAGUUUCUAGGUAUACCUGUAAAAUCUAUACACAGUGUCAAAAAUAAAUUUGCUUCUUUUAAACCAUGGAGAGACUUUGAGACCAGUUAUGUGAGUUAUCGCAAUAAAUAUGUAACUAUCUAUGACUAUCUACCACUUUCACAGUAAAUAAAUCGAAGUUCUUGUGUACUAUUAAAA